CGUCUGUCCAGAGAGGAAAGGCGUGCGUUUUGGUUUAGUCUAUAAAGGGGUAAUUGGAAAUACAAGGUGUAUAGAAAAUAAUACUUUAAAAUAUGGCGAAACAAUGGCGAGCUGUGCUGCUGGUUUUAUCUCUGGCUGGAUUAUAUAGUGCGCAGCCGUUUCAAAGCUUCAGGAGGAGAUCUGGCGGUCAAUUACUAGGUGAUUUGUCGGGCAGUUUUGGCUCUCGAUUUACUUUAUCUCAAGGUUCAUUGUCGCCGCAACGAGGCUCAUCUGGAGGGGCGUGGUUGAGUGGUCCCCCAACAUCCGUAUCUUCUAGCAGCUUUAUAUCUGGUUCCCCUAUAUCCGGAAGUGCUUCUGCUUUACAAAGCAACAGACUGGUUCUCGGACGGACAAGCGGCAGCGGUAGCCAAUUGGUGUUGUCACCGCAACAAGCUAGCGUUCCACAGUCGACUUUCCAGCAAACACAGCCUCUUCAGAUUCGACAAGCCCAUUCUGCCCAUCAGCCCCAACAAAUAGUAUUAUCUCAACCGAGACAGGGAAUUACUCACCAAGUUCUGUCGCAACCACAACAAACAGUCCACCAAACUCACCAAAUCGUAUCCCAACCACAGACUAUACAAACUGUUCAACAUGUGCAGCCAGCAUCUACACUACAACAAGUAGCUCAGCCCAGACAAAUAGUUCAAACGCAGGCAGUGCAACAUCAACAACCAGCUGUCAUCCGUCAAGCGCCUGUACAACAAGCAGCAACUUCCGGAAGCGCUCAGACGCUUGUACCUCAGCAACCAGCAGUACAUGCAUCAAAUCCAGCUAGCAUGCCAUCGCCUAUGGGGAUGUCACAUAUGGGCAUGGGCUCACCGUUUGGUAUGAUGGGCGCAAUGAACCCGAUGGCUGCAAUGAUGGGCCCUGGUAUGGGUCCUAUGGGCAUGGGAAUGGGUAUGGGAAUGCCAUUUAUGUCUUAUGAUACAUUUGAAGAUACAUUCAUUGACCCGGAUACGCCAAGUCGGCCAAUGGUUGCCCCAGGAGCUGCAAUGGCAUCCGCCGCAGCCGCUUCAAGACUAGGAGCUGGGAUGACGGCAGGUGCUGUUGGUGCUGCAAUAUCAGCUCCAUCUUUACCUGUGACUGGACAAGCAGCGUCUCCUGCAAGCGUGGGACUUGUAUCCGCCUCAGUACCGGUAGCUGGUACCAGUUCUGGAGUUCCGGCUCCACAGGCACCAGUGGCAGCUGGUGGUGUUUCAGCGUCCCAAGUUAAUCCGUCAGUUAUCCAGUCGGCUCUUCAAACAGCGUUGAGUAGGGUCCAACAAAGACAGACGGCACAAGCACCUGCCGUAGGCUAAAAACGUGGACAGCUUUACUUCAUUGAACAUUAUUUAUUGUGGUAUUUAUUUCAAAAAUCAUAUCAAUCUACAGCACUUUCUUGUAUAACAGAGUAGAAGAUCGACAAAUGUAUCAAUCAGAAAUGAUGUACUUCCGAUACCUAAAUUUUUUUUAGCAAGACAUAAUUGUUAUAUUUAUGGUAAUUUUAAUUGUCUUCUUUCUGGUCUUUUCCUUACUGUGAAGUUCCAUUAAUCUUAAUUGAAUAAUGUGAAACAACCCUGGGAUUAUGAUGUCUGUUUUUUAUUUAAAGUUUGUCCUUUGAUGUAUGUCUGAGAAAUUACAUUUUAAAUACUUCUGCUUAAAGUGUCAUCUUUAGGGGCACACACUUAAAUCAACUUUGGGACUAAUCGCCGCUUUUCAAUUGCAUAAAAGUUAAAAUUGAGGGUUUCAUGAUCAACACCCUAAUUUAACACACCUGUUAAUGAUUUAUUCUAAAUUUCUCCAUUUUAAUGUGCAAAUGUUGAAUACGGCUUAAGCCGGUGCUAGAGAGCGUGGACGGUUGCUUGCAUUAACCACUACCGUCCAGCCUCUCAGAGACUGAAUCAAAUCGAACUUGCAACACAUUCGAUGUUGUCAUUAUAGGUGUUCUAUGGGUUUUCCAUCGUUUUGCCAUUUUAGUUUAAUUACAAUUAUACUUUUACUUCAAAUAAAUCAUAGACUCGCUAUUUGUAAAAAAAUCGCAAAAUAAAAAUCUUAAAAAAGAGAUCACUAGAAAGCAGUUAACGCAAAGUUUAAAAGUGAAAAUUUUUAGAGUAGGUUUGAUGACAAAUAAUCGGAAUUGCAACUAUUGCCUGACCCCCUAGCACUGGUUUGAGUAGUAUUCAGUCUUCAACACAAUAAAUUAUUGGAAUCAAUUGUACAAAGACAAUGAUGAAAAUACUAAUUUCGAUGAAACUAUUGAACACAUUUUUAUUACUAUUCAGUCUUAAUAAUCAAAGGAAAUAACACAUGCAAAAAUCGACAAACUCUUCACAGUGAUUACCUCCCUUUGCAGAUAGUUUCUAUACUGAUAAGGGGAGAUCACUGCGUAGGAGGUUGCAAAAUCGAUAGCAUUUUCUGCACGAUCUGCACGACUUUUUUGCUACAUGCUUAUAUGGUUACACUUUUGUGUCCCUUCUUUAUUUUUUUCUCGUCUACAGUAAGUAUCUCCGCUUUCCUCCUAGUUGCUUUUUUCCUUCUCAUUUUAUUUUUUAUUUUAACCAUGACAAUUAAAUUUAACUUGCUUUUGUUUCGUUUCGUGAAGCGUUAAAUAUUGACCUGUCAAUAGUGCAUAAUAAAGUUUUAUAUUUAAAUCUGCAUACCUCCAGAUGAGCCAUAAUAUUUCAAGAAAAAUAUUAAAUUUGAGAAAAAUAUACUAAGAAUUUAAGAAAAUAAAAAAUGUUAAGAUUCAAGUAAUAAUUUACAUGUUUUGUGUGAUGAAGGACACUGAUUCUGAAUUUGUAGUACAUGUAUUUAUCACGAUAUUUAUGCUGCGUUUCUAACACAUUAAGCUAUUUUUGCUUCUACAUGCAUUGAUCGACCUCUUUUUUGAUAUUUUUUCGUGUGUGGCAAGUCCUGUUUGUAAUUUGUAAAUUACUGUCUUUGUUUUUCUUCACAAUAUUUUACAAUUAAAAAAAUCAUGAAAGUUAGCGUGAAUCACGAUCGAGGCAUGCAUGUAUUUGUUGCUUUAAGUUAAUUAUUUAUUAAUUUUGGUUCAUUGCAUUUUUUUAAUAAGCGGCGGCUAAAUUGUGCUCAGGUGAAGGUAAAUUUUAUGUUGCUUACUGCCGUGAUCCUUUAACAUAACUUCGUUAAGAAUUUAAUUUCGAAUUAUUCAAACAGUAACUGUUAUAGAAUGUCAUGAGCAUAAUAUGUUCUUUUUGUAGAGUUUAGUAAAGAAUUUGGUUAUGAUUUUCAAAAGAUACAGGAGCUUCAUGAAUAUUCUUUUUGUUAGGAAGUCAGAUGUUAGCUGUUAUAGUAUGAAGGCAUAUCUAUACAGUCAUGCUAUGUGUUUAUGUUUUGCUAAAAAUUAUUAGAAUAAAAUGUUUAUGAAAUGAAACUGUCUUUUUCAUCUAAAGAUUAAUAAAUAAACUAUACAGACGUUUUACCAUGAAUUGUUCAC